AUGAACUCCUACACUUUCGCCCAAAACAGGGCAGCACUGGAGGACUUUGUCCGACAACCAGUCCGAACAUACAUGAUCCAGCAUCUGGCGAAGCAGGCAUCGCAGGUCAUCCGUUGUGACCAAGAGUCCCAAUCCUCAGCAGCAGACUCACUACCUACUCCGCCCUCGACGCCGCCUCAGACCUCCUCGUCAGAACCAGCAUCGCCUCCCUUGCCGAGUCUUGAGCAGUUCAUCACCUCCCUCGUGCAUCGAUCUUCGGUGCAAGUACCAACUCUGAUGACCUCUCUUGUCUACUUAGCUCGCCUCCGUUCAAGACUCCCACCAGUGGCCAAGGGCAUGAGAUGCACCGUCCAUCGCAUCUUCCUUGCGUCUCUGAUCCUAGCGGCGAAGAAUUUGAACGACUCGAGCCCGAAGAACAAGCACUGGGCAAGAUACACCUCUGUUAAGGGCUUCGAGGGAUUUGGUUUUGGCCUGGCCGAGGUCAACUUGAUGGAGAGACAAAUGUUGUACCUGCUUGACUUCGACACUCGUGUGACUGAGCAAGACCUAUUUAACCACUUCGAGCCCUUCCUUGCACCCAUCCGGUUUCAACUGGAACUUCAGCAAGAAGAGGCAGAGCUUACCAGCACCCACCGGUACUGGCACUCUCACCAGCCCUCUAACGAGUCGACCAUCUCGCUCCCACCUGUUGUUCGCAAGGACCCUGUUCACAUCAUGGCAACGCCUCCCCCGAGAGCAGCUGGUGUCUACGAUUCUCCUGCUUCUUGUGUCGACGAAGACCUGGCAAAUGGCCGGUAUCCACGACACAGGGCGAACAACAGCUCCUUGUCACUCCCAGCCCAGACUCACAGGAGGUGGCCGUCGCCCUUCCGCCAUCACGUCAGCAACCGCUCUGUAUCACCACCUUCGAUUCGGGAUCUCCCGCCACUAGUACCAUCAAGCAGACCUGGCACCAUGCACAGUCACUCCAGUUCUCGGUCGUCAUCAGUGGCACCAUCAUUACGCUCAAGGUCGUCGUCAUUGGCGCCUACCUCCCGAGGAACGCCCUACACUGCAUCGUCAAACAUCGAUGAUAGUAUUGUGGUGAUCGACCUGACCGAGAGCCCGGAUGCAUCAUACCACGGUGCCUAUGGCAAAGCUGUUUCGGCAUCUCGACCUAGCCUGAAAGGCCACCAGACAAGCUUUCAGUGUGAGAGCCAACAGCCCGCGAAGAAAGUCAAGUCCGACUCGGGUGUCGGUGGUGUCAUGGCACGACUCUUCUCUGCGAACAAUUACCGCUUAGGGAGGACACCCGCCGUCCAACACGCAGCUUAG